UCUUCUCGUCCUCUCCCUCCUUCUCGAACUUUGAACUUCCCAAGCUAAAGCCCCAAACUUCGUCGACCAAUUCUCGAGCAUCGGGAUUCUUUCGUGUGCAGCGUGUUCGUCUCGUUGCUUUUCUCUUCCCAUUCUCCUUCCUACGCUCGUUCAGGCGGCUCCUUCACCGACCCGGCGGAUCUAACCCUUCCAGGAGAUUAGAGUUCCGACGCGAAAGGGGUGCGCCGUCAUUUGUCAAUUUUCCUAGUCCUAUCGCUGUCACGGUCAGCAAAGCAAAACUUGGAAAAGAAGAGGAAGGGGCUACCAUUACCGGUAUUCUUCGAACAUUGUCAGAGCAGCAAUCACCACCAGGGCCUCGACAACACUACCACCACCACCCUAAUAUUCUGUGCUUUUCCGCCACCCAAGUUCCUUUCUCAUCCCAACUCCGGUCACUACGACGACCGAUCCCCUCCACCCCAUCUGCGAACAGGAGAAGCCGCUCGUUAGAUCUUGCUUACUUUGUUGACGGCCAUUCGUUGAAGCGUCCGCAUCAACAUUGUGGAUUUGCAUCCAGCUGAUUCCUUCUUGUGUUUCUUCUUCGAUACGCCUUCAGCACUUAUACGAUCAACCGUAAUUUCAAUGUCCAUUUAAUCGUGAGUGUUGUUCCACUUCCAUUCACCACGGCCCAGCCUCCCUCCUUGAUCGGGUGUUGCAGCCACGACUGCGAGAUCGAGGGAUCCAAUUACUGACCGUUUCCCCUCCAGACGGCCUCAUUUGAAUACAAACAUGUCGGGACAACCACCUCCGGGCCAUGCCCAGGGUCAAGGUCACCCGCAAGGCCACUACGAUGACGGCUACGGCCAACAUCAGCAAGGGAAUACUGAUUCAUACUACCAAGAUGAUCAAGGACAACAAUACUAUGACAACCAUGAUGGAUAUGGCGAUCACCAAGGAGGAGGCCAUCCACCUCAUGCAGGCGGUGACGGAUAUUACGAUGAAUCGUAGGUUUAACCAACCGAGUGCAUGGAGAGCUGGGCUAAUCUUGGACCAGCGGUUACUACAACGCAGAUGCGAACAACCCGUACCAGCAGGAAGGUGGCUACUACGAGGGUCAGGAGCACGACGGUCAAUAUCAAGACGAAUACUACAAUGACCAGUAUUAUGACCAAGGAGGCGCUGCUGCCGGUCAGCACCCGCAACAGAAACGUCGCGGGGAUUCUGAGGAGGACUCCGAGACAUUCAGCGACUUCACCAUGAGAUCCGAUAUGGCCAGAGCCACGGAUAUGGACUAUUAUGGACGUGGGGAUGAACGCUACAAUAGCUAUAAUGAGAGUCAAAUGGGCGGUGGCCGUGGGUACCGACCGCCCUCCUCCCAAGUCUCCUAUGCUGGCAAUCGAUCUUCUGGCGCUUCUACGCCCAACUAUGGAAUGGACUACAACAACGUUCUUCCAGCUGGUCAAAGAUCCCGCGAGCCAUACCCGGCCUGGACUUCUGAUGCCCAAAUUCCAUUGUCAAAGGAAGAGGUUGAGGACAUUUUCCUGGAUUUGACCGCCAAGUUUGGUUUCCAGCGUGACAGCAUGCGAAACAUGUACGACCAUUUGAUGACACUCCUGGACUCCAGAGCAUCCCGCAUGACUCCAAACCAGGCUCUUCUUUCUCUCCAUGCUGAUUACAUUGGAGGCGACAACGCCAAUUACCGAAAGUGGUACUUUGCCGCUCAUCUUGAUUUAGAUGAUGCCGUGGGAUUUGCCAACAUGAAACUCGGCAAGGGAAGCAGAAAGACCCGAAAGGCUCGAUCCGCCGCCAAGAAGAAGGCAGCUGCCGACCCCAAGGACGAAGCCCAAACCCUCGAGCAAAUGGAAGGAGAUAAUAGUUUGGAGGCCGCCGAGUACCGAUGGAAGACUCGCAUGAACCGCAUGUCCCAACAUGAUCGUGUUCGACAAAUUGCGCUCUACCUCCUCUGCUGGGGUGAAGCUAACCAGACCAGAUUCAUGCCCGAAUGUCUUUGCUUCAUUUUCAAAUGUGCCGAUGAUUAUCUGAACUCACCCGCAUGCCAAAAUCUGGUUGAGCCGGUUGAAGAAUUCACAUACCUGAAUGAUAUCAUCACCCCUCUCUACCAGUACUGCAGAGACCAGGGUUAUGAGAUUGACGAGGGCAAGUACGUUCGUCGGGAAAGAGAUCACAACAAGAUUAUUGGUUAUGAUGACUGCAAUCAACUCUUUUGGUAUCCCGAGGGGAUUGAAUUAAUUGUAUUGGAGGACAAGACUCGACUUGUCGAUUUCCCACCCGCUGAACGCUUCUUGAAACUCAAGGAGAUCAAGUGGAGCAAGGUCUUUUUCAAGACUUACAAAGAAACUCGAUCUUGGGGACACAUGGUGGUCAACUUCCACCGUAUCUGGGUUAUCCACAUCACUUCCUUCUGGUUUUACACUGCUAAGAACGCACCUACCCUCCUGGUCAAGAACUAUGAACAGGAGAAGAACAAUCUGCCUCCGGCAUCCGCUCAAUGGUCUUUCGUCGCCAUUGGCGGUGGUAUCGCUACUCUGAUUAUGAUUGUCGCUACAAUUUUGGAAUGGUCGUAUGUUCCCCGUCGAUGGGCAGGAGCACAACAUCUUACCAAACGUCUUUUAUUCCUCCUCGUAGUCUUCGCUCUCAAUGUUGGACCCAGUGUUUACAUAUUCGUCAUUCCAGAUACACAGGAAACCAAAAUUGCGCUCAUUCUCGGUAUCGUGCAAUUCAUAAUUGCCAUGAUCACGUUCUUCUUCUUUUCCGUGAUGCCCCUGGGUGGGCUUUUCGGAAGUUACUUGACCAAGAACACUCGCCAGUAUGUCGCAAGUCAAACCUUUACGGCCAGUUACCCUCGCUUGACAGGCAAUGACAUGUGGAUGUCUUACGGUCUUUGGGUAGUGGUUUUCGUUGCCAAACUUGCUGAGUCGUACGUCUUCUUGACGUUGUCUUUCCGUGAUCCUAUCCGAUUUUUGGCUUCCAUGCAGAUUUCCACCUGCCAGGGAGAUACCAUCCUGCAAUUAUACCUCUGUCCUUAUCAGCCAAAGAUUCUUCUGGGUCUGAUGUUUGUUACCGAUUUGUGUCUGUUCUUCCUCGACACUUUCAUGUGGUAUAUCAUCAUGAAUGCCAUCUACUCUGUGGCUCGUUCUUUCUACCUUGGUGUUUCCAUCUGGACACCAUGGAGAAACAUCUUCUCUCGUCUCCCCAAGCGUAUCUACUCCAAGGUCCUCGCCACCACCGACAUGGAGAUCAAGUACAAGCCGAAGGUCCUCAUUUCUCAGAUCUGGAACGCCAUCGUUAUUUCGAUGUACCGAGAGCAUUUGCUUGCCAUCGACCACGUUCAGAAGCUUCUUUACCAUCAAGUACCUUCUGAACAAGAGGGAAAGAGAACUCUUCGGGCACCAACGUUCUUCGUCUCACAGGAAGAUCAUUCAUUCAAGACCGAGUUCUUCCCAGCCCAGAGUGAGGCAGAGCGCCGUAUCUCCUUCUUUGCCCAGUCGCUUUCGACUCCGAUCCCAGAGCCUCUUCCAGUCGACAACAUGCCAACCUUUACCGUCAUGAUUCCUCACUACAGUGAAAAGAUCCUCCUGUCGCUUCGUGAAAUUAUUCGUGAGGAUGAGCCAUACUCCCGUGUUACUCUUUUGGAAUACCUCAAGCAACUUCAUCCACAUGAAUGGGACUGCUUUGUCAAGGACACCAAGAUUCUCGCUGACGAAACCUCCCAAUUCAACGGUGAUUAUGAAAAGAACGAGAAGGACACUGCUAAGAGCAAGAUUGAUGAUCUACCAUUCUACUGUAUUGGUUUCAAGUCUGCCGCUCCUGAAUACACCCUCCGUACUCGUAUUUGGGCCUCUCUCAGAUCUCAGACUCUUUACCGUACCAUCUCUGGUUUCAUGAACUACAGUCGUGCCAUCAAGUUGCUUUACCGUGUUGAGAACCCCGAGGUUGUUCAAAUGUUUGGUGGCAACUCUGACAAACUCGAACGUGAGUUGGAGCGCAUGGCUCGCCGCAAGUUCAAGCUUUGUGUCUCUAUGCAACGUUACGCCAAAUUCAAGAAAGAAGAGAUGGAGAACACUGAAUUCCUUCUCCGUGCCUACCCAGACCUGCAGAUCGCCUACCUCGACGAAGAAGCUCCUCUGGCUGAGGGUGAAGAGCCACGCCUCUACUCUUGCUUGAUCGAUGGACACUCUGAGAUCAUGGAAGAUGGAAUGCGCCGACCAAAAUUCCGUGUUCAACUGUCUGGUAACCCAAUUCUUGGUGACGGCAAAUCUGACAACCAAAAUCACGCCAUCAUCUUCUACCGUGGAGAAUACAUCCAACUUAUCGAUGCCAAUCAAGACAACUAUCUGGAAGAGUGUCUCAAGAUCCGUAGUGUCUUGGCUGAGUUUGAAGAAAUGACCACUGAUAACGUCUCGCCAUACACCCCAGGUGUCAGUAACCCGAAGGUCAACCCUGUCGCCAUUCUCGGUGCUCGUGAAUACAUUUUCUCCGAGAACAUUGGUAUUCUUGGUGAUGUGGCUGCUGGAAAGGAACAAACAUUCGGUACUCUCUUCGCUCGUACUCUUGCAGCCAUUGGUGGCAAGCUCCAUUAUGGUCAUCCUGAUUUCUUGAAUGCCACCUUCAUGACAACCCGUGGUGGUGUUUCCAAGGCACAGAAAGGUCUUCAUCUCAACGAGGAUAUUUACGCUGGAAUGACUGCAUUGCUCCGUGGUGGUCGCAUUAAGCAUUGCGAAUACUACCAAUGUGGUAAAGGUCGUGAUUUGGGAUUCGGCUCUAUUCUCAAUUUCACCACCAAGAUUGGUACUGGUAUGGGAGAGCAAAUGUUGUCUCGUGAAUACUACUACCUCGGUACUCAGCUUCCUUUGGAUCGUUUCCUCUCCUUCUACUACGCACAUCCCGGUUUCCAUUUGAACAACAUGUUCAUUAUGAUGUCCGUCCAGCUCUUCAUGUUGUGCUUGAUCAAUUUGGGAGCCCUUCGCAACCAGACCAUUCUCUGCAACUACAACCCCAAUGUGCCAAUCACCGAUCCUCUUUUCCCCACCGGAUGUGCUAAUCUUACACCUAUCUUGGACUGGAUCUACCGUUGUAUUAUCUCCAUUCUCAUCGUUUUCGUCAUUUCUUUCGUGCCACUCGUGGUUCAAGAAUUAACCGAACGUGGAGUUUGGCGUGCAGCGACUCGUCUCGGAAAACAAUUCUGUUCGUUGUCACCUUUCUUCGAGGUGUUCGUCUGUCAGAUUUAUGCCAACGCUGUCCAGGAAGAUUUGUCCUUCGGUGGUGCUCGUUAUAUUGGUACUGGUCGUGGUUUCGCAACAGCCCGUAUUCCAUUUGGCGUCCUGUUUUCUAGAUUUGCAGGUCCUUCCAUCUAUGUUGGAGCUCGUUCCCUUAUGAUGCUUCUUUUUGCCACUGUUACCGUUUGGCAACCAGCUUUGUCCUAUUUCUGGAUUUCUCUCCUCGCCAUGUGCGCAUCUCCAUUCAUUUACAAUCCCCAUCAAUUCGCCUGGAACGACUUCUUCAUCGACUACAGAGAUUUCUUGAGAUGGCUUUCUCGAGGUAACUCCCGAUCCCACUCUUCGUCUUGGAUUGCCUACUGCCGUUUGUCUCGUACCAGAGUGACUGGUUACAAACGUAAGAUUUUGGGAGACCCUUCAUCAAAGAUGUCUGGAGAUGUUGCACGUGCCUCCUUCGGUAACCUCUUCAUCGGAGAAAUUGUUGCACCGCUACUUAUGGUCGCUGUAACGCUCAUCCCUUACAUUUUCAUCAACUCACAAGUCGGUGUGCUUUCUGAGAGAAACGAGGGUAAAACCAUCAAGCCAACUGCGUCCCUGCUUCGUGUGGGAAUUGUUGCCGUCGCUCCAAUUGCCGUCAACAUGGGUGUUCUUGCGGCCAUGUUCGGUAUGGCUUGUUGUAUGGGACCAGUUUUGAGCAUGUGCUGCAAGAAGUUCGGAUCUGUUCUUGCCGCCAUCGCCCACGCCGUCUCUGUCAUCAUGCUCAUCGUUUCUUUCGAGGUCAUGUUCUUCUUGUCAGGAUUUGUAUUCGCGAAGGCCUUACUUGGUAUGAUCGCUUCCACUGCCAUUCAACGAUUCAUCUACAAGUUGAUCAUUUCCCUUGCCUUGACCAGAGAAAUGAAGACCGACACAUCCAACAUUGCUUUCUGGACUGGAAAAUGGUACUCUAUGGGAUGGCAUUCCAUCUCCCAACCAGCGCGUGAAUUUCUUUGCAAAAUCACUGAGCUCGGUAUGUUCGCUGGUGAUUUCAUCUUGGGCCACGUCUUGUUGUUCAUCAUGUUCCCUGUCAUUGCCAUUCCUCAAGUUGACAAAGCUCACUCUGUCAUGCUCUUUUGGCUGCGACCCAGGUAAAUUAAUACCCCAUGAUUCCCCAUAUCCAUUACUAACUCACCCUUCUUAGUCGUCAAAUUCGUCCUCCCAUUUACUCCAUGAAGCAAACCAAGCUUCGAAGGAGACGUGUUUGGCGUUACGCUGUGUUGUACUUCGCAAUGUUGAUUAUCGCACUUGCCCUGGUCGUGGGUCCAAUCCUGGUUGGUAAGACUAUCUUGUCGGAUAGUUUGAUCAGCAGUAUCCCUAUGGACUUGUUCCAACCUUACGGUCAAGAUAACAACGAUACUCGCAACCGUACCGAGACCGGAUCCAUCAGCGCUAGCGGAGGGGCAGCAGCAACAUCGCGUAGCAGGGCUCUCUUUUAGAUUGCCACUUGAUUUGAUAUUUGUGAGGGGGGCUGUAGUAUAGGAGGAAGUGGAGAUGGUAGUACAUUACAAUGAAAUUUUGGCUUGAUGAGCGAGCAAAACUUUGUGGUGGUGUGGGAAGUAAUUGUGUUUUGGUGUUUGCAUGGUACACGGCUCUUAGACAUUUGUUUUUUCUCCCUCUCGUUUUCCCCCUUCUCUCUCCUUCAUGAUACUGCGAGGAAUUACCUAUCUGAUGCCAGUAUGCGAUGGCUGUUUCUUUGAUCUUUCGCAACUGGGUAAAACACGGCUGUAUUGUAGGGUAUACAGCGGGCACGAUCAUAAUACAAAUGUUCUACAUUCAUUCCUGCU